AGGUUCUUCUGUCCCCCGCCUUGCGUGUACUUGGUCGGCCAGGGAUGGAAUUGUCGAAAGAGUUACAGCACAACUACGAAAGAACGAGAUAAAGACUCGGAGACUGUCGCAUUCAUUGGUAUUUCCAGUGGAAAUCAUGGAGAACACGAAUAUCAGCAGUUGUCAAUGGAAGACCGCUUAGUAGAUAAGGUAGGUUGAUUAGCAUUAAGAACGAAAGUCCGCCUUGCUGUAAACGACGUCAUUAUCGUUUUCUUCAAUUUACUUGUUUCUCGUAAAACUGAAUUAGGCGCACUCUAAAACACCCUGAUUAAAAAUCAGGGUGUCCACGGCCCUUGGACAUCCUGGAAAGUCCUUGAAGUGGAAAAAAAUAAUUCCAGGACUGGAAAGUCCUUGAAAAGCACUGGAAAGUCCUUGAAAAGCAGUAGAAGACCUUGAAAGUCCUGGAAUUAAUUUCCUUAAGCUCCAGCUGUGACCACAUUAGUGAUUUUGAUUACAAUUACUGAAUAAAGUGAUUAUUUACGGCAAAUACGGCAAAUCAAAGUGCCAUUUCCAAAGUUUUUUGUCAGUUCUAGGUCCUUGAAUUUACUGAAAAAGGGCCUUGAAAGUCCUGCAUGAAAAGUCCUUGAAUUUCACCUUCACCAAAGGGUGGACACCCUGAUUAAGAAUAGCCUAAAACUAGAAGUUACUGUCGCAAGGAAAGUGCUCCUGGUUUAACAUUUCCUGGCUAAUUUAACACCAGGAUUCGUGUAUAAUUUGACCAGGCUAUAUGGUUGAAUUAACCAGAAUGUCUGGUUAAUAAUCCAUCUAACAUGGUCUCGUUAAUGGACCUAUUCCCUAAUGAACAAAAUUUUGAUCUAGACAAGUCUAGACAAAAAUUUCAUCACAGCUUGAAAGAGCAUCACAAAAUUAGUAAUAUUCCGAAGUUUCGUUGCAAAAUGUUGUAAAAUGCGGAUAAUAUAGCCCUGCGAAGUUUGCCGUUUUUCAGUCAUUUUGUAUUACGCACGAGAAAUUGAUACCGCUUUCUGAAGAAAGGUACCAAUUUCCCGCGCGUAUUAAAUACAAAAUGACUGAAAAACGGCAAACUUCGCAGGGCUAUAUUAUCCGCAUUUUACAACAUUUCGCAACGAAACUUCGGAAUAUUACUAAUUUUGUGAUGCUCUUUCAAGCUGUGAUAAAGUUUUUGUCUAGACUUGUCUAGAUCAAAAUUAUUUUCAUUAGGUAAUAAGUCCAUUCAACCCCAUAGCCUGGGCUUAUACAUGCAUUUCUUCUUUCAGAAAUACUGUUAUGGUGCUGCGAAAACGUUAUUUAUAUCAGACACGGACAAAAGGAAAAAUUUUGUACUCUCUGUUAAAGUAUGUGGAUCAUGGUAUUUUUGAUCGUAGAUGAUCAUUGAUGUUGUAAAAUUUUUCAGUUUUAGUUUUCUAAUUUAUUCUUUCAAAUUUUUCAGCUUCAUCAUCCAAAUGGCGAUGCUGUUGGAAUAUUUAGCUCGAAAAGAAUAAAGGUGAGUGUUUUAACAUGUCUAGAAAUGUCUUAAUCUGAUGUCUUCAACUCCUCGAUUCGACUUCAAAUUGUGCUGUAAAGUUUUUUAACAGUCAAUUUUCUGCCGUCUCUUAGGUGAUAUCAAAGCCAUCGAAGAAGAAGCAGUCACUAAAAAAUGCCGAAUGUAAGUGUCUAGUCGAGGAUGUUGUAGCCUAGUGGUUGCUGCUGUAUGCGUCUUUCUCUUCUGAGAUUAGCCUACACAGAUUCCAUUUAUGCAACGAACUGACUUUGUAUUUCAUGCAUUUCUUUGUAGUGUGUAUACAGUCUGGCACGACGGUCGCACUAUUCAAUCGUUUACGAUCGCAAACCGUAAGCACACGAUAUCUCCAUGUAGAGGAUGGAAAUUUUCGAGCAAGUAGUACUCAAUGGGGAGCAUUCACGAUUCACUUACGUAAGUGGUACAAAUUGAUUUGCUUCUUAGGCUUUGUCUAACCCGGAUCCAUAAUGUCUCUGACCAGCUCUCCUUCAUCUCUUCUUAUUACAUGUCCAUACCAUCUCAACCUUGCUUCCCUCGCCUUCUCUGCAAUGUCUACCACCCCACAUAUUCUUCAGAUCUCUUCAUUCUUCGUUCCAUAAUGUCUCUGACCAGCUCUCCUUCAUCUCUUCUUAUCACGUGUCCAUACCAUCUCAACCUUGCUUCCCUCGCCUUCUCUGCAAUGUCUACCACUCCACAUCUUCUUCUGAUGUCUUCAUUCCAUAAUGUACCUGACAACUUCUCCAUCAUCUCAUCAUAGCAUCGCGUAUCCAUCAUCUCGUUCAGGCACUUCCACUAUCUACUCAAAACGGCCACAUCGUGUAUUGUUCUGAUAAAUUUUGCAUGUUAUAUAGUAGAUGAUGAUGAAAGUGAAAGCGAAGAAUUUACCGUCAAAGAUGGAUACAUACAUUAUGGAUCAACUGUCAAGCUCGUUUGUUCUGAAACUGGCAUGGCUUUACCAAGACUGGUACGUCUUUCUUACUUACUGGAAUAGUUUAGAAUAUUUUCAUCUGUUUGCUUGUUUAUGUAUUGGACGGUACAUGCUAAUAAAUAAUUCUCGUUUGUUUUUAGAUAAUUCGAAAGGUUGAUAAACAAACAGCGUUCCUAGAUGCGGACGACCCUGUCUCACAGCUCCACAAGGUAAACUUAAUCACAUUGACUUGCAAUCUUGAUCUCCAAAUCCGAUGGAGAUCCCUCCCCCCGCAAUGUAACAUACUACUUAAUUGACACAAAUACGAAACAUACAUUUACCUAAAAAUCUUUAUAGAAAACUACAUGUAUAUAUUGUUGAUUAACAGGUCGCAUUCUAUAUGAAAGACACGGAACGGAUGUAUCUGUGUUUAUCCCAAGAACGUAUCAUUCAAUUUCAGGUAAAUGUUCACAUUUUAUUGCAUUUUUGCAUUUAGUCGUAUUUGGGUUAGCACUAGGUCAAUAGGAGAUGGCCCUUACUGGACUGUCUGGACCUCUAGCGAGAACAGUUUAGAACUGAUAGAGCUAUCAAGUACCAAUAAAGUUAGUUUAGGUUUCCUCCUGUAGUAACACUGGAUCAAUAAGAGAUCACUCUUACUGGACCUCUAGCGAGAACAGUUUAGAAUUGAUAGUGCUAUCCAGUAUAUGUUUCUUGUACUGAUAUCUGUUUCUCUAUUAUUUAGUCGACUCCCUGUCCAAAAGAUCCGAGAAAAGAAAUGAUCAACGACGGAGCCUCGUGGACGAUUAUCAGCACAGGUAAUUAAUGUGGUGUUUUUUCACGGCAGCUUUUCAACUGCAGUAUCUCAUUUUCAGAUAUCUUCUCUCGUUCUAGACCGAGCGGAGUACACAUUCUACGAAGGCAUGGGUCCGAUAUCAUGCCCUAUCACUCCAGUGCCUGUGGUCUCAAGGCUUGAGCUGAAUGGAGGAGGCGAUGUGGCCAUGUUGGAACUCACUGGACAGAACUUUACAGCAAAUUUGAGAGUUUGGUUUGGGGAUGUAGAAGCCAAUACAAACUACAGGUAUGGUAUCGGAUUAUGUCAACAA